AUGGCGGGCUUUUUGGCCAUGAUCUCAAGCAACGCAAACAACAACUCGAACGCCAUUGAUCACUCAAUCAGAGACCAAUGGGAGAUUUGCUUCGCUCGCUUCGUACCUUAUCCCAUCACUUCAACUUCAACUUCCUCAGAUCUUCUUCCUCUCCCUCCUCGCCUCCGCAACCGCUCUCCUCGCGGCAACUGGAUCUCUUCCUCCUCCGUCGCUUUCCUCCGCCUCUUCUCCGAUCUCUCCAUAUCUGACGUCAUCCUCACCGUCUCCUUCAACGCCAAACUCCUCGAAGAGCACUACGUUUCCAAGCUGCAUUUUUCUUGGCCUCAGGUGUCAUGCGUCUCUGGAUUUCCUGCCAGGGGAACUAGAACUGUGAUAGUGAGCUAUAGAGAUUCCGUCGGAGAGAUUCAAAAGUUUGCUAUGCGGUUUCCAUCAAUCUAUGAAGCACAGUCAUUUAUCAAUGCUUUGAAGGAGAUCCUGAAAGAUGAGAAGAGCCCAGAACCUUUAAAUACUGACUUUGGUUCUGAAAUUUCAGCACAGUCGGAGUUCAUGUCAUCAAACAAGCACUCCCAUAGAGCUUGUGAGGAGCUGAACUUUUUGACUCCGGUUGACUCUUACAUUCCACAAAUGCCACAAUGUAUGAAUAAUGAAGGAGAGCAACCUUCAGGAACCCAAGAAAAGGAAACAAUUCCCGGUAACAACGUUGAAGGCAUCCUCCCAGCCUUGCCACCUAGUUUUGCCUCACUACUAAUGGAUUGCUCUGAGAUCAGCCAUGCUCAAGCAACUGUUUCCGAGGAAGUAGAUCUCAAGUCCCAAAUUGUGAGGUACAUGGAAGAUUCUUCGUUCCAAGAUAUGUUGAUUAAGGUGGAGAAAGUUAUCAGCGAAAUAGGUGGUGAUAUGUCCAUCUAGUUGUCCAGGGCAUUGAAAAUGACCCACCGAGCAGCUUAGCGUCUCUUCCUGCUUACUGAACCACGGUCAACUUCACCACAUUCAGCCGAAAAAAUGUAGAGUGGCUUUCUUUUUCUGCACAGUGCAGCUAAGUUGCUGA